GGGUGAGGACCACGGUCGGGGAGCUACCCAGCAGCGCCGGUACAUUCAUUUCAGCCUGGUCGCAGAACCCAGAGAAUCAAUUUCGGCUCAUCCUCCCGAGAGCGAGAGCCGAGGACAACUUGGCGUCACCCUUCGGGGAGACGUUUGUCGUCAUUGAGCGGGUUCGGGUCCAUUAAUUCAGCCCCGGCCAACGCCAGCACGGGUGAACCGACAGCAGGUUCUUGCUGCAGGCUCUGUGAACUCAGGCUCUGUCUGCACCGGAGGCUGCAGUGUUUUUAGGUGAAGGAAAGGCUUAUGGACAGAAGUCUUCAAGAGUGCUGCUGAAAAUCAGAACAGAAGUGGAACAGUGUCAUUACACCUAACAGAAAGCACAUUCGCCAUGGCUUUGGAGAAACUGUGCUUUGAGGAUGUUGUUUGCUUUUGGUGAAAAAGGAACUCCAGGCAACCACCCUUUCUGUCUGUUUGUGAUAGUAUUGUGUGAUGACCACGGAGGUGGGGUCACACCACUGUUGCUGAUGACUGCUUCUUGCCUCUGUGGACAUGAGUGACCCAAGGCCAUCACAGGUAGAGAAGCACAAGCUCGGCAGAGCUGCCUCCAAAUUCAAGGACCCUUCCAGAACCAUGCAGUCUGAUGAUUAUUUUGCUCGGAAAUUUAAAGCCAUCAAUGGCAGCAUGGGACCCGCUCCUUUGAACACCUCCAGUCCAAGUGAGGGCAGUGGUGGUGGGCCAGCCAACGGUACCCCAGCAGUGCCCAAGAUGGGAGUGAGGGCCAGAGUGUCUGAGUGGCCUCCGAAAAAGGACUGCUCCAAAGACUUGGCCUGCAAGACACUGUGGGAGAGCCGUUCUCAGUCCAGCUACGAAAGCGUCACCUCCAUCAUCCAGAAUGGCCAAAAUGACCAGGGUGACAGGCAGCAAGAAGAGCAGCUGGACCUGGACUUUGUGGAGGCAAAGUACACCAUUGGAGACAUCUUCGUCCAUUCUCCCCAGAGGGGACUCCACCCCAUACGACAAAGGAGCAACAGCGACGUUACCAUCAGUGAUAUCGAUACUGAGGAUGUCCUGGACCAACAUGCAGUCAACCCCAACACCGGAGCUGCCCUGCACAGGGAAUAUGGGAGCACUUCAUCUAUUGACAGGCAGGGUCUGUCUGGAGAGAAUGUUUUUGCCAUGCUCCGAGGGUACCGAGUGGAGAAUUACGAUCCUAAGGUGACCAGCUCCUUUGGGUUUCCGGAUUUCUUCCCCUGUAACACCGCCAUCUCCCCCAGCCUCCAUGCUGCAGCCCAGAUUUCUAGAGGAGAGUUCGUCCGCAUCUCGGGCUUGGACUACAUGGAUGGUGGGCUCUUAAUGGGGAGGGACAGAGACAAGCCCUUCAAGCGCAGGUUAAAAUCAGAGUCAGUGGAAACAUCACUCUUCCGAAAACUUCGGACAGUAAAGAGUGAGCAUGAGACCUUCAAGUUCACUUCUGACCUAGAGGAGGGCCGCCUGGACCGGGGCAUCCGCCCUUGGAGUUGCCAGAGGUGCUUUGCCCAUUAUGAUGUGCAGAGUAUCCUCUUCAACAUCAACGAAGCCAUGGCCACGAGGGCCAGCGUGGGGAAGAGAAAGAACAUCACCACAGGGGCCUCGGCUGCAUCACAGACCCCAGUCCCCGUAGGCCCAGCCGGAGGCUGCGAGUCCCCACUGGGCAGCAAGGAAGACCUCAACUCCAAAGAGAACCCGGACGCUGACGAAGGCGAUGGAAAGAGCAAUGACUUGGUCCUCAGCUGCCCUUACUUCCGCAAUGAGACUGGUGGGGAGGGCGACAGGCGCAUUGCGCUGUCUCGGGCCAACUCAGCCUCUUUCAGCUCUGGGGAGAGCUGUUCCUUUGAGUCAUCCCUCAGCUCACACUGUACCAAUGCAGGUGUCUCUGUCUUGGAGGUGCCUCGAGAGAACCAACCCAUCCACAGGGAGAAGGUCAAACGCUACAUCAUAGAGCACGUUGACCUGGGGGCCUACUACUACCGCAAGUUCUUCUAUGGCAAAGAGCACCAGAACUACUUUGGAAUAGAUGAAAACCUUGGCCCCGUGGCAGUCAGCAUCCGGAGGGAGAAGGUGGAAGAUCCCAAGGAGAAAGAAGGGUCCCAGUUCAACUACAGGGUGGCCUUCAGGACAAGUGAGCUCACAACUCUGAGAGGAGCGAUCCUAGAAGAUGCUGUUCCCUCCACAGCCCGCCAUGGCACUGCCCGGGGCCUGCCCCUCAAGGAAGUCCUGGAGUUUGUUAUCCCGGAGCUGAGCAUCCAGUGCCUGCGGCAGGCAGCCAACUCCCCCAAGGUCCCGGAGCAGCUGCUCAAGCUGGAUGAACAAGGGCUGAGCUUUCAGCACAAAAUUGGGAUCCUGUACUGCAAAGCUGGGCAGAGCACGGAAGAGGAAAUGUACAACAACGAGACAGCAGGGCCAGCCUUCGAGGAGUUCCUGGACCUCCUCGGCCAGAGAGUGCGGCUGAAAGGCUUCAGCAAGUAUCGUGCCCAGCUGGACAAUAAGACGGAUUCCACAGGGACUCACUCCCUCUAUACCACAUACAAAGACUUUGAACUCAUGUUCCACGUGUCGACGUUGCUUCCAUAUAUGCCAAACAACAGGCAGCAGCUUCUGAGGAAGAGGCACAUUGGGAACGACAUCGUCACCAUCGUCUUCCAGGAGCCUGGUGCCCUCCCGUUCACCCCCAAGAACAUCCGCUCACACUUCCAGCAUGUCUUUGUCAUAGUGAGGGUGCACAACCCCUGCACAGAGAACGUGUGCUACAGCGUUGGCGUUUCCAGGUCAAAGGAUGUCCCUCCCUUCGGUCCCCCAAUUCCCAAAGGUGUAACUUUUCCAAAGUCAGCUGUAUUCCGGGACUUCCUUUUAGCCAAAGUAAUCAAUGCAGAAAACGCAGCCCAUAAGUCAGAAAAAUUCCGGGCCAUGGCUACUCGAACGAGGCAAGAAUACUUGAAGGACUUGGCUGAGAACUUUGUCACGACCGCCACAGUGGACACUUCUGCGAAAUUCAGCUUCAUCACCCUGGGUGCAAAGAAGAAGGAACGCGUCAAACCAAGGAAGGAUGCACACCUGUUCAGCAUCGGGGCCAUCAUGUGGCAUGUGGUGGCGCGGGACUUCGGCCAGUCAGCGGACAUUGAGUGUCUGCUUGGGAUCUCUAACGAGUUCAUCAUGUUGAUAGAGAAGGACUCCAAGAAUGUUGUGUUUAACUGUUCCUGCAGGGAUGUGAUUGGCUGGACCUCUGGGUUAGUGAGCAUCAAAGUCUUCUAUGAAAGGGGAGAGUGUAUCCUGCUGUCCUCCGUGGAUAACUGUUCCGAAGACAUCCGAGAGGUAGUGCAGCGGCUCGUGAUAGUGACAAGAGGCUGCGAAACUGUGGAAAUGACCCUGAGGAGGAACGGACUGGGCCAGCUCGGCUUCCAUGUGAACUUUGAAGGAAUUGUUGCCGAUGUAGAACCUUUUGGCUUUGCCUGGAAAGCGGGCCUUCGCCAAGGGAGCCGUCUCGUGGAGAUCUGCAAGGUGGCUGUGGCCACCCUGACCCACGAGCAGAUGAUUGACCUACUGCGGACAUCCGUGACUGUGAAGGUGGUCAUCAUCCACCCCCAUGAGGAUGGCUCUCCCCGCAGGGGUUGUUCAGAGCUCUGCCGGAUCCCCAUGGUGGAGUACAAACUGGACAGUGAGGGCACGCCCUGCGAGUACAAGACACCCUUCCGGAGGAACACCACGUGGCACCGUGUACCCACCCCUGCCCUGCAGCCAGUUUCCAGAGCCUCACCUGUGCCAGGCACACCUGACCGUCUACAGUGCCAGCCAUUGCUCCAACAGGCCCAGGCCGCCAUCCCCCGGAGCACGUCGUUUGAUAGGAAGCUGCCUGAUGGCACCAGAAGUUCUCCCAGCAACCAGUCAUCAUCCAGUGACCCAGGACCGGGUGGGAGUGGACCCUGGAGACCACAAGUGGGCUAUGAUGGGUGUCCAUCCCCUCUCCUGCUCGAGCACCAGGGCCCGGGCCCUGGGGAGUGUGAUGGAGCCAGGGAGCAUGAGGACAUCAUAGAAGGAGGCAGGCUUCCAGAAACCAAGUGGCAUGGCCCACCUUCCAAAGUCCUGAGUGCCUAUAAAGAAAGAGCCCUGCAGAAGGAUGGAAGCUGCAAAGACUCCCCCAACAAGCUAUCUCAUAUCGGGGAUAAGAGCUGUUCCAGUCACUCCAGUAGCAACACUCUCUCCAGUAACACGUCCAGCAACAGCGAUGACAAGCAUUUUGGGUCAGGGGACCUGAUGGACCCUGAGCUGCUGGGACUGACCUACAUCAAAGGCGCCUCCACGGACAGUGGCAUCGACACCACGCCGUGCAUGCCAGCCACCAUCCUUGGCCCCGUGCAUCUGACAGGCAGCAGGUCCCUGAUCCACAGCCGAGCCGAACAGUGGGCCGACGCUGCUGAUGUCUCAGGAGCCGAUGAUGAACCUGCCAAGAUGUAUACCCUGCAUGGCUAUGCCUCUGCCAUCUCCACCAGUGCUGCGGAGGGCAGCAUGGGUGACCUCAGUGAGAUCUCGUCUCACUCCAGUGGCUCUCACCAUUCAGGAAGCCCCUCUGCUCACUGCUCCAAAAGCACUGGGUCUCUGGACAGCUCCAAAGUCUACAUCGUUUCCCACAAUAGCGGUCAGCAGGUAUCCGGGGCUGUGGCAAAGCCUUACCACAGACAAGGGGGAGCAAACAAGUAUGUCAUUGGCUGGAAAAAGUCAGAAGGCAGCCCACCACCUGAGGAACCUGAAGUCACUGAAUGCCCUAGGAUAUAUGGCGAGAUGGACAUCAUGUCCACAGCCACUCAGCAUCCGGCAGUGGUGGGAGACUCUGUUUCGGAAACUCAGCAUGUCUUAUCCAAAGAUGACUUUCUGAAGUUGAUGCUUCCUGACAGCCCCUUAGUGGAGGAGGGAAGACGGAAGUUUUCGUUCUACGGGAACCUGUCUCCAAGGAGGUCGUUGUACCGAACGCUGUCCGAUGAGAGUGUAUGCAGCAACCGGAGGGGCUCUUCCUUUGCCAGUUCUCGAAGCUCCAUCCUGGACCAGGCCCUGCCCAACGACAUUCUGUUCAGCACCACGCCACCCUACCACAGCACGCUGCCUCCAAGGACCCACCCCGCUCCCAGCAUGGGGAGCCUACGGAAUGAGUUCUGGUUUUCCGACGGGUCCUUAUCGGAUAAAUCCAAGUGUGCAGAUCCCGGCCUGAUGCCGCUACCAGACACAGCCACAGGGUUAGAUUGGUCCCAUCUUGUGGAUGCUGCACGAGCGUUUGAAGGGCAUUGUGGUAAGGAGGGCCAGCAGACUCCAUUCAGUAAAUUGGUCUGUACACAGACAUGGUGCCUGAUGCUUCUCACCAAACUGCUUUCUGUGUGUUCCUCAUCUCCAGACCAGAGGGUGGCAUCUUUCUGUACCCUGACUGACCUCCAGCAUGGACAAGACCUGGAAGGAGCACCAGAGCUGUCCCUGUGUGUGGAUCCCACCAGCGGCAAGGAGUUCAUGGAUACACCUGGGGAGCGCUCGCCCUCCACACUGACUGGGAAAGUCAACCAGCUGGAAUUGAUUCUCCGACAACUGCAGACCGACCUUCGCAAGGAGAAGCAGGACAAGGCAGUGCUGCAGGCCGAGGUCCAGCACCUGAGGCAAGACAACAUGAGGCUGCAGGAAGAGUCGCAGACUGCCACAGCCCAGCUGCGCAAGUUCACGGAGUGGUUCUUCAGCACCAUUGACAAGAAGGCCUGACCGGCUAGCUGCUCGCCACCCGGGGACCACGGGCUGGCCUGCCUUCCCGCCCGCCUGCCCGCCCGCCUGGGGUCCCUCCCAAGUUGACAAUGCAGUUUUAUAUGCGCUUUCCACCACCUGUAGGUAGAUGUCUCACUGUUCGUCCUGUGUCUCGCUACUCACCCUAGCAGGACAGGUCAGGGCACCUGGACUCCUCCUCCUGGGUAGCUGCAGCAGAAGAUGAAUGUAACUCCUGGUGAACGUGGAAGUAGCCUGCAGCCGAAAGGCUCCCCUGAUAACGCUCUGGCCUCAGCUUCCCUGGGGGAGAGAACUGGGUGUCACUAACUGAAGUAGGUGACCUACAGAGAUGCUAAGCCAGGCUGCAGGAUUGUACAAAUAAAUACGGAGGCAGAUAAUCAGACAUGUACUUUAAUGUUAAAGGUGCUCUAUUUUUUUGGAUGUACAGUAGUUUUAUUUCCACAGCCACAUUAUCAUAGCAAUAAGGAGGGUGCAGUAAGUAGUCAGCAGAGCUCUGUCAGAGAGACGCUCUGAAGUUUAACACUAGCUCAAACGCUGUUACCGUAGAGACGUAUUUAUUUGCAGGAACAAACGGUGCCUGAAUAUUAACAGUGUUCUGAUUUUUUUUUAAAGAGAUACAUAUGCCUUGUAAAUGGCUGGACCUGUUGGUAGUCACUCAAUGCGUAGUUUGCUUUCCUGUAGUUUCUCUGCUGCAGACAGAGUCACUCUGCCUUCCCCACGCGAGUCCCCUGAUGCCGAGUGCCCGCGGGGUCCUGUGUACAACACCAGAUUUGUUUAUCUUUGUACAGAAACUCGGAUAAAGUGUCUUGUAUUUAACACUCUUAUUUAAGCUUAUUUAACCCCAACUUGUUAAUUUUAUAUGGUUUGGUUUCACCUGCACUGUAAGGAGGGAGGCAGGCAGGCAGGCCGUGACUGAGCUCACCCGGAACAGACUGGAGCAGGCGGGCGAGCGGAGGACUGGAUGCUGCUGGCUAACACGUUGUUUGUAUUGCUUUUCCAUUUUUAACUGUUAUAUUUGAGAUGAACAUACAUUUUGCUUUUUUAAUAAAUGUUCAAAAGAAGUCAA